AUGGUGCCGGUGAAGGUGUACGGCCUGCCCAUGAACGGGAGCGUCGCGCGUGUUCUGGCGUGCCUGGAGGAGGUGGAUGCGGAGUAUGAGGUCGUGGUCGUGGACUUGCACACCGGCGAGCACAAGAGGCUGCCGCAUCUUGCACGCAAUAAAUUCGACAGUGUCAUGCUGCCAAUCGUCUUCCAAGGCCUCGUUGUCCCGGUUUACAUGGGAGGAACUAGUGGUCUUAAAGUUAUUGAAGAGAAUCUGGAGAAGCUGAAGGAAAUCAUGGAAGUCUAUGAGGAGCGCUUGUCCAAGUUGAAGUACUUAGCGGGAAAUUUCCUCAGCUUAGCGGACAUCAGCCAUUUUCCAAUGGUUCACCUCUUGCAGGAAACUCCCUACGGAUCGGUGCUUGAUGCAUAUCCACAUGUGAAAGCAUGGAUGGCUGCCGUAAUGGAUCGGCCUGCUGUGAAGAAGGUCAUGGUGCUUAUGAAGACAUUUGGUUGA